CCCGAGGCUACGCCCGGGCGGGCGAGGGUCCCGGGGCCGGUUCCUCCGGGGCCACCCUCCCACUUCCGGGGCGCGCGGGCCGGGCCGGGCCAGGGAGCGGCCUGAGCGGGCGCCUGGGCUAGGCGGGCAGACUGGGGUGCCAGCGGAUGCGGGAGUCCCGGGCUGAGCCUUUGGGGCAGGAGAUCAAGGGUGCACGGAUGUCGGGCACGAGAGCCGACGGCUGUUUCAUACCUGCUACAGCAAACCAUGCAGUGAGUCAUGCCCCGCCCCGGACACCCCCGCCCAUCAUCUGGGCCCCCACGCUUGGGACCCUGGGAGCGGCCAGCGGAGCUAUGCCUGGAGACAUGUGAUGAGCCAUCCCGGGCCCCACCAAGCCGCCGCACCCGUAGGCCAGACCCCAAGGACCCUGGCCACCAUGGGCCCGAGAGCCUUACCUUCAUCUCUGGCUCUGCUGAGCAGGCUGCUGAGCCUCCAGCCUGCUGCCUGCUCUGGCGACCUUGGGUGUGGGACUGGUGCCGGGCUGCCUUCUGCUUCCGCCGCUGCCGGGAUUGCCUCCAGCGCUGUGGAGCCUGUGUGCAGGGCAGCAGCCCCUGCCUGUCUGCUGGGGACUCCCCUGAAGGGGCUGCCGAAGCCAACUGGGUCAAGGAGCACAAUGGAGUGCCCCCCAGCCCUGACUGUGCCCCUCCCAGCCGGCGGGAUGGCCAGCGGCUCAAGUCAGCCAUGGGUAGCAGCUUCAGCUACCCUGACGUCAAGCUCAAAGGCAUUCCUGUGUAUCCCUACCGCAGCACCACCUCCCCAGCUCCCGAUGCGGACUCCUGCUGCAAGGAGCCACUGGCUGAACCCCCGCCCAUGCGGCACAGCCUGCCCAGCACCCUUGCCAGCAGCCCCCGAGGCUCCGAGGAGUACUACUCCUUCCACGAGUCGGACCUGGACCUGCCCGAGAUAGGCAGUGGCUCCAUGUCCAGCCGAGAGAUUGAUGUGCUCAUCUUCAAGAAGCUGACAGAGCUGUUCAGUGUACACCAGAUCGAUGAGCUGGCCAAGUGCACCUCAGACACUGUGUUCCUGGAGAAGACCAGUAAGAUCUCGGACCUCAUCAGCAGCAUCACCCAGGACUACCACCUGGACGAGCAGGAUGCUGAGGGCCGCCUGGUUCGCGGCAUCAUUCGCAUCAGCACCCGCAAGAGCCGCGCCCGCCCGCAGGCUGCAGAGGGGCGCUCAGCCCGGGCUGCUGCCUCUGCGGCCCCCGCCCCGGACAGUGGCCAUGAGACCAUGGUGGGCUCAGGGCUCAGCCAGGAUGAACUCACAGUGCAGAUCUCCCAGGAGACGACCGCAGAUGCCAUCGCCAGGAAGCUGAGGCCUUAUGGAGCCCCAGGUUACCCAGCCAGCCACGACUCAUCCUUCCAGGGCACCGACACAGACUCUUCAGGGGCACCCCUGCUCCAAGUGUACUGCUAACCCUCACUGGGCCCAGUGGCCACAACCCCUUCUGAGAGAAGCACAUCUACAGCACUGAAGAGAGGGACCAGAACCCCCUUUGUGGGAGGCGAGGCCAUGAGCCCAGAAGCAGUGCCCACUCUGGCUCUUCCCACCUUGCCUGACUGAUUCCUGGACCACGUGCAUUUCACUGGCCAUGGUGCCCACAUCCCCCCGGGUCCCCCGCUGGCCUGACCCCUGCCUGGGACUGUUCCUUCCUGCCCACGGUCUUCAGGAAGGCUGGGUCACAGAAGGCAAAGACUGAGAAGUUAAAUUCUGGGAUUGAAUCCUGACUCUAUCCCCAUCACAUGCUUCCCCUGUAACAUACACCCCAUAACCAGUUAUGCAAACCUCCGCCUCCCCAGGACAGCGGGGAGGGAAGGUAACAGCUGAAAGAAGCUUGUCUUAAAUGGAUUAGGUUUGGAGGCAGACAGGUCCCUGUCUGGAAUUCUGUGGGCAGUGCCCACUCCAUGUUGUUUGAGCAGUUAAGUUCCUAGCUGAUGUUCUACAUGCUAAGGUGACCAUAGUACAAAUCUUAAUAGAUGUCUAUCUGCUCA